UGCAUGGGACAUACGUGGAAGAAGAAUCAAAACAGAACCCGACCAAACUCUUGUAAUUUCAUGUUCAAGGCAUUUAAAUUUUCAACGUAAUUUUGGCGGGUGCUUGAGUAUCUAUCGUGUGACCGGAAACAGAACCAAGAUGAGCACCUUCAAUGGAUUUAUUUCCGAAAUUCCGGGAAUUUCUGUGGACCGUUUUACCGAGGCAAAUCGAACCAAGUCAGCUGUAUUCUUCCUGUCCCACUGCCACACGGAUCACAUGCAAGGACUGCAAGAAUCGGAACCACUUCCGGGUCCCAUCUACACCAGUUCGAUCUCCGCCGUGUUCCUGAAGCACCGCUACCCUCAACUGGCCGACUGCAUUCGCACGUUGGACCUCGGAACAACCCCGAUCGACAUGCCAACCGGAAGUAACCCAACCCACCUGACCGUGACCACCCUCCCGGCCGGCCACUGUCCCGGUUCGGUAAUGUUCCUGUUCGAAACCGAACGCGACCGCAAAAUCCUCUACACCGGCGACUUCCGGUUGUCCCCGAAAGAUCUACGCAGUCUACUCCCGCUCCAAUCAAUCACCCUCCACGUCCUCUACCUCGACACGACGUUCUUCAACCGCACCUACACCUACUUCCCGUCCCAGUCGGAAAGCCUAGCCAAAAUCGUUCAACUCACCAAAGAAUGGCUCGACCGCGAUCCCCGAAACGUCAUCUCCUUCAAACUCCCGGCCCUGUACGGUUCCGAGUUCCUGUUCAUAGAGCUCGCGCGUCAACUUCAGCAACGCAUCCACGUGAACGACCAAGAAGCCCAGCAGUAUCGCUACCUUGCCAGCCUAGACGAUGCGAUCACUUCCGCCGGCGGAAGUCGCAUCCACGCGUGCCUCAGAACCAGCAACGCAAACUACCGGAAGUUGCCAUGCCAGCCCGAAUUAGACCCAAAAUAUGUACGUGUUCUGCGGCCUUCCGCGUUGCGUUGGCGCAAUCUGAAACAGGGGGAGAGCUACUGCUGGAGACUUCGUAAAAACGAAGAAGAAUUUGGGAUUUGCUACUCGAAUCACGCCAGUUGCGGUGAGCUCGAGGACUUUCUGCGGUAUCUGAAACCUGAAGAGGUGCGCUUCAACGUGGUGCCGAAGGAAGAAACCGCCGUGGAGAUGGCAAAGCUGUUGAAAGAGAUUUGCCCUCGGGAAGAAGAUGAUCGCGAGGAGUUGGUGGAUCGAGAAGAGUUCAGCUUUGCUGGAAUUGAGUACCGGAAGUGCCCUAAAAAAAGUAGCCACGCGUUCUUUGAUGAGGACAGCGAGGAAGAAACUGUGAUAUGUCAACUACCGAAAAGAGCUAGAAGUUAG